GCUUGCUGGAGAAUUACCCAGAAGUGAAAAUGAAGAUUGAAAAAGAGGCUUCACAGCGACUACAGUACAUUGAGUCAAGAGAAAAGGCCAAUCUGGACAAGGCAGUUCAUGACAUUACUGAUGUGGAAGUUGUUCGUGAAAAAUUGAAAACUGUACCGCUUUUUCGCAAUACACCAACAGCCUUUUUGCAUCAGAUUGUAUUGGCAUCAAGAAUUUUUGUAGCAGAAAAAAACAGCAUCAUCAUUAAAAAGGGUGAAAUCGGUCGUUCAAUGUACUUUGUGAUUGACGGCGCAGUACAAGUUGUUUCCGAAGAUGCCAAGCAAGUCUAUGUUCAAAUGGAUGCCAACUCAUUUUUUGGCGAAGUGUCGCUUUUUUAUGAAGUAAAUCGCACUGCAACAGUCUGCGCAAGUAGUAAAACCACAUUGGUUGAGCUUUCCAACGAUACAGUUCAAUCGAUUUUAAAAACUUACCCUAAUCUUAUGGGACAGAUUCAUGAGCGAGCCAAAGAUAAUUACACGUUGUUUAUGGCGAGACAAAAGGCGCUGCAAGAGCAUCAUGUUCCUGAUAGUGAUAAGCAUCGGUUCGAUAUCGAGGCGACAGUUAGCAGAUUGCGCAAAGUGCCCAUAUUUGAAAAAUGCAAUGAAGGGUUUUUAGGCACAUUGGCUUUAAGCACGUCUAUCCGCACUUUGAAGGAAGGCGAUUUGGUAAUCAGUGCUGGGCAGCCAUCACU